GAGAGCGGCCCCCUUCCCGCCCCGUCUGCUCUCCAGUCCCGGCGGGGCUCCGGGCGGCGGGGGAGGCUCCGGACGCCGCCAUGACGUCGGCCUCCACCAAGGUGGGCGAGAUCUUCUCCGCGGCCGGCGCCGCCUUCACCAAGCUGGGCGAGCUCACCAUGCAGCUGCACCCGGUGGCCGACUCCUCGCCCGCGGGGGCCAAGUGGACGGACGCCGAGAUCUCCCUGCUGCGGGCCUCGGUGCAGCGCUUCGGCGACGACCUGCAGCGCAUCAGCGCCCUCAUCAAGGACCGCACCGUGGCCCAGCUGAAGGGGGCCGCCAAGCGCAAGGCCUACGAGGACAGCGGCUUGCCUCUGCCCGGCGAAUCCCCCAAGAAGGCGCCCCGCAAGGGGCCGCCCCCGCCGACCCCCGCCCCGCCACCCCCGGAGACCCCCGCCGCCGCUGCCGCCGCCGCGCCUCUGAAGAAGCCCAAGGCCUCUGACGUGACCCUGAGCGCCCUGAAUGACGCCGACGCCCACAGCGACCUGGUGGACAUGGAGGGGCUGGGGGGCUCGCCCCCACCCAAGAAACUCAACUUCGACCAGGACAGCCUGAAUCUGGACCCCGGCUUCCUCAUGGCCCCCGGCACAGACUUGCCCCUUCUCUCCCGCUGAGGGGCCGCCCCCCCUCCC